CCUCCCCUCUGACGUACAGUGGUUCAUCCCUCAACUGGAGCGCGCGAGAGCGAUUCAGAAUCGAGUGUACACACCGACGCUGAGCGGAGAACAGGAGGAUUAAAAAAAAAAAAAAAAACUCCUCUAAAGCGGGCGACCUGCUCAGCCUUUCGGGUGUGGGAGGGUGACUAUUUUGUGUCUGCUAGACCGGGGGAGCAGGGGGGAGGAGGAGGAGGAACGGAUAAUGAGCUAUUCUUGUACCAGCACAGGCAACAGCCAGGACCCAACGAGCGCUAAGAAAUCCGGCGGCGUUAAUCCCAGUAGUUGCAGCGGCGGAGACACCGGUAACGGCAACAACAGUUACAGCAUCCGCGGCAGCCAAGCGAACUCGAAGCCCGAUUUAACCGAGGCCAUGAAAGUCAAGAAGGGUUGCAACACGACAGAUGUCGGGGUCCCCGUCACCACAGAGGAGGAAUUGCUCGCGAACAAAACGAUCAGCCCCGAGGAUGUGCUGGGAUUGCAGAAGAUCACUGAAAACUACCUAUGCGGUCCAGAAGACAAUGUGUACAAUAUUGACUUCACGAGGUUCAAGAUCAGGGACAUGGAGACAGGGACAGUGCUGUUUGAGAUCACCAAACCUCCAGCCACAGAUAAAGGUGGGGAUAAAAGAGAUGUUGAUCCAAAUGCUGGGCGAUUUGUACGAUAUCAGUUCACGCCGGCUUUCUUACGGCUACGUCAAGUAGGAGCCACCGUUGAAUUCACAGUGGGGGACAUUCCUAUCAAUAACUUCCGGAUGAUUGAGAGGCACUACUUCCGUGAACAGCUGCUGAAGAGCUUUGACUUUGAGUUUGGCUUCUGCAUUCCCAGCAGCAAGAACACCUGCGAGCACAUCUACGAGUUCCCUCCACUCUCUGAGGAUCUCAUACGUGAGAUGAUCCUACAUCCUUACGAGACUCAGUCUGACAGUUUCUACUUUGUGGACAACAAGCUGGUCAUGCACAACAAAGCAGAUUACUCUUACAGCGGAGGCCCUUAAGACACCAGGGGAUGGAGCCAGAAACAGAGUUUGACUAACAGACCUAUGAACCAAUCAAACGUCUUUCUCCACCAGUCAUGCCCUCCUUGAUACGAUGUCAUAAACCACCGCCUACAGUGCUCAUUGCCUGUUUUCAUAAGAUCUAGAGUCAUACUAUCACAAGGUCUUGUCUGAUACAUACAUAUCCUAUUCUGAUUUCCACACUGCCAUUGUUCACAGUACAUCAGCAAAUAAAGCUAUUUAAAUGUCUGUUUUUACGCCCUCAAGUGAGCAAAUUAAAAUAAGGUUACAUGUUUUGUAUGGGCAAAGCACUGUGAUGUGAAUGGUUCUUGAGUGUAUGUGGAUUUUGAUUUCAGUAAUUUUGUGUGCUUGUUUGUGGACAGUGCUCACAAUUUAAGACUGAUAAAAAUCAUUAUGUAUUGCUGAUGUAAAAUAAUUAUUUCCCCAUCAGAAUAAGCUACAUACCUUUAUAUCAUAUUUCAUACUUGUGAACUUUUCAACCUAAAUAGAACAUUAUUUUAUGGUAAAACACAAUAAUUGAUAGAUUUGUGUUGCAUUAGAUAUAUUUUGAUACGUGAACAAAGUUGAAACUUGCUUAAUUUUGAGAUGUUGAUAUUUGUGUGUAUUAAAAUAAAAAAACAGCAAAAAAAAUAAAAAAUUUGAAACAGUUGAAGAUCAGUUAAAGGUGCACAACUGACAUGGAUCUACAGUGGUGUGCAGUUUGGUCAACGGGAUUCGCUUGGUAACGUAAUAAAAACCUUUGCUUUCAAAGGUCUGCAUAAAGUUCUUGACACGUGGAAAUAUGCUGUGAAAGAUGUUCUGUGUAGAUCAAUUGUUUGUGAAAAACAUCCAACAGUACAGAAAUGGGAAUAUAGCACAUGUUACAAGCCUUGACCUUUCAAAGGUCUAGUCUGUGUGGUUUCUCUUGUAUAUGUGUGUGUGUGUGUGUGUGUGUGUGUGUGUGUGUGUAUAUGUAUAUAUAUAUAUAUAUAUAUACACACACACACACACACACACACACAAGGAAAGAAAUAUGUUUUCAGCUUUCUGAAGUACAUCAGUGAUCAAGGGAUGGCUUCUCUCAUCUGUACAUCUAGUGUUCUCUUUCUCACACAUUCCAAUGAGUUGGGCCCCUCAUGGAUGUUUAGUACAUAUAGUAGAGGUUAGAUUUAAUGUUUCAUCCAAGGAUGUGUCUGAUUUUUUUUUUUUUUUAUUCAUAGUGCAAAAAGUGCAUUUAGGAUAAUGAUGACAGAAAAUGCUGUCAGUCUUUGGUUAAAGAGACACUUUCAGGACUCGACUCAAAGUGUGGAUGAACUGGAAAAAUGUUUCUAGUCAAAGAUGUAACAGCUUUAUUUAUGACUGUAAUUUAUUGUAAAUUAUUUUGAGGGAAAAAAGAAAAGAAAAAAAUGUUUUGGACAAUUCAAAUUCCAGUCUGGAAUAAAACAGAAAUAAAUGUAUGUUGAACUUUUGGAAA